AUGGAAGCUACUCUGGACAUGACCACAGUUCAAAACCAAUUGAAGCGCUACAAAAGCUCAAACAAUUGUUUCCUGCGAUGGCUAUGGUGCGCCUAUCACCAAGCAGACCCUCGAUCCGCUGCAGGAGUCAAGCCUUUCAGAAACACACGCAAUAUCAUCAAAGUUUCUCGUACCGUCCGCGAUGCUGGUCAGCCCGUCCCAGGUUCCGUUCUUGGGGCUCUGCGCGACGCGAUUCGAUUUCGGAAGAUGGUGACUCAAUCGUAUGAAAGCUCUGGGAGCGGCGAUAGCGGGCAUCGCCAUUUUGUCAGGAGGCUUGAACAAACGUUGGCCAUCUUGCAGCCCCUGGAGGCCCAAGAAGUUCCUUUCGAAGACUAUCUGGGCCUUCAAGAAGAUGCAGGACCUCGUAGCAAAUUGGAACAACAAAACAAUAAGUUUGCUUCCUUGAUGGAGGACCUGAACAUCUCUCCUCACAGUUCACCAUCGCGAGCGAGCAACAGCGCGACGCCAGCUGCUCCGACAUCGCCGUCUCCAAGCAAACCAGAGUCCGAGACUGAACCAAAGAAACCCGAAGAAUUCGUCUUGGACGAUGACGACAUCGGCGUGGCGUAUGAUGCGGCCCGUUUCCUGGUGGAUAUAAAUCUUUUCCAUAUCCACCUCCAUACUAUUUGGAAAUCCGCAGGCGAAGGCAAGAUUCCCCUUCUGAUUGCUGCCUUUCAGUCCAACUGUAUCGCGUCCUUGAACUACCGGAGAGCGCCAAAGGUAGAUUGUUCCGCCUUGUGCCUCUUCUCGAAGCACAACUGUACUUGCCAACAAUGCUACCUCAUACACUACUUUAUCCGCCACUUGACGAACACCGGACAUCCGGGCAUAUUCGUCAUUCUUGCGCGGAGAAUGUGGAUGAUUGCCAGCAUCAUCAACGACUAUGGGCGAGGCUUGGGGGCGAACUUCGAGCCCCCUGAAGUUCACGUGCAACCCGCGGUCUGCAACACACCAGACUGCCCAGAUCAGUUUCGGACCCCACCCUCGUCUGAGAUCCCUCACUUGGAAAACUUCCUUUCAAAGGAUGAUCAAAAAAGGAUUCGCGACCUUAUGGGUGCCAUUCAAACCCACCAGAAACCGCUGGACCGUGGAAUUAGUGUCGUGGAGAUGAUUAAAGGAAAUCACCUUGAUGGAUUCGUCGACAUCUGUGAGGCCUUCUUCGACUUUGGGCAGGCGUUCUUGUUGCAGAAAACGCGGGUCGCCCAUGGAGAAAUGGUGGUGGCAAUGAGCAUCAUUCUUCAGAUUGAAGCGGCGACGUUGCCAUACCCCCAUUUAAGAGGUAGCGCCUGUCGUGCUCAAGGUCUUCGCUUCGCCAUGGACAUAACCGAGGCGCUCACACCCGUUCUUGAGGCAGUCCAACGUUACCACCCAAGUGGCAGCAUCUUUAAAGGUCUUCAGACCCUCAUCGUAGGCCUGGAGGUGUAUAAGAGCGAUGAAAAGUCUGGCAUCUACCACGACUCUCCCUGGACUGUGGGUUGUCAUAUGCUGGACAUGCUCACGGCAGCUAUCAGGGUCGGAGGACAGGCCUGCAGUUACUGGGCUGUCAUCAGGACGACACUGCACCUCUACAACGCAUUGCGGAUCAGAGGCUUCGACGAAUUCCAGAUCCCGCAGAUUCCCGUGCUGGAAGAACUAUCCAACAUGUUUCUUCAAGGGGUCUUCCAGGGGACCGUUCCGAAAUACAAAUUCCUCUCGCCCUUUCGUUUGGCAGUUUACAACAGCCACAGGGUGGAGCGUUCCGGGACUGCCCAGUUUGAACGUGGACUGGACCUGCUCUCACCAUCUAACCAAGAAAUCUACUGGGGACUUUGUGACCAACACUACACUAACCAUCGGAUAAAUGGGAGAUUUCUGUGCAAGAUGUACAAGAACGAGAAGCCAAAAUGCGACGACAGACGCGCUGCACAAGUGCAGACUAAUACCCAAAAGGUUAAUCGUGCUCGUGACCUCCUCCGCCAGGAUAGUUGGUCCGGAUACGCUGGCAAGAGCCUUGAGGCGGUGCUGUCAGAGGUCCAGGGGUCGGCUCCGAUCGCUCGAGUCAACUUCUUCGAGCUGUUUGUGUACUGCGAGCCAUUGCUGAAAUGCUUUGGUAUCCUCGCUGUUCCGGAGGUUCAGAACAAGUACAAAGAACAAGGGUUAUGGAAGGACUGGAUGUACCACGGUCUCUCAGUUUCAAGCUUUGCUAUUGAGGAUCUUUUGGAAAUCCUCGACGCAUUGCCCGGAAAUACCAACCGCGAGAGGGAUCUUCUGGCUCGGGAACCGUUAUUUCGACAUGCUGUGAGGGUUUUCAAGGCUUUCAAAAAGCCAGAUGCAACUUUGCAGGACUUCUUGUGGAAGAUUUGA